AUGGAAGACGAUCCUGGGAUGUCGACGGCAGUAGCAGCCAUUCACACGUUGCUAGAGUUCAUGAACCAAAACUCAGGUUUGAAUAUCGCAACAUUAGCUUGAUAAUUCCACUUCGUAUUGUUUUUUCUUUAAUUGUUUUUUUUUAAGGAUCAGUUUGAAUGUAAACAUAAGGCGUGACUGUCCCCACGAGGUUCCGUAAUCAAAACAAACUUCUCAAUGCAACAAAAAAAGCAACAAUCCUCCCACCCUCCCUUCCCCCAUGUACCGGUUGUUCAAACGUUGGAAACAGGGUUAUCCACCGAAGAAUUCACUAUCCAACAGAUACGUGUUUAGGAAACCAACUAGGUUGUCUCCUGGAUAGAGAUGUACAAAGAAAUUUACAUUAAAAUCCUGCGACUAAGAACCUGGCCCCAGUUGUCCAAAUGUUGGAUAGCGCUACUAUCCAGUGGCUAAGUAUAAGGGAAACCGAUUGCACUGUGCACUGGAUAGAGAUUUAUCCAGUAGAUAGUGCUAUCCACCUUUUGAAAAACUGGGGCCUGGAUUUUAAUAUUUAAUAUUUGCAUAAAUAAGCUUGCAUGAAAAUUUAAUCACAGAAGUAAAUACUAGAAAUACAUUUAUUUUCUCAAAUUGAACUUGCAUAUCUGGAAUGGGGGUCCUAUCAUUUUCUGUCUGUCUUUCCUUUCUUUUUUCUUCUUGGUGUCAUUGUCCUGUUUUAUCCAGACUUAUUAAAGGGUAUGGCAAAGAAUAUUAUAUUAUUAUCUAGAUUCAAGUGUGAACUUGAUUGUACAUAAGUUGGUGGGCAUUAGGACGUUAGUCAGAAGUUUUCAAGCAAGCGAGUGAUACUGUAAAAUAAAACUGAUGUUGUGGUUUCUUGGUAUUAAGCUCAUAAAAGAAAAUGCCGCUGUUCUAUAGGUUUACUGAAAAAAUAUGCACCAGCAUUGCUGUUAUUUUUUGUUUAUUUAUUUAAUAUUUAUCUAUUCUUUUGUUCAGCUGAGACCCUUUCAGAGCUAAGAGAAAAUCUGAAGGCAGUGAUUGAAGCCUUGACGAAAGCAGAAGGCUCUGUUACAUCCAUUUCUUCAGGCUGUGAAUUAUUCCUCAGAUUCAUAACUCUUGCCUCACUGGACAACCCAGUAUGUAACACACUACUGUAUAAAGCUGUAUUUGCAAAUAAUAACAUGUUAGUUCACUUGAUCCUGGUAGGGGUAUAGCCAAGAUUUUUCUAAAGGUACAAGCCUCCCCGGUCUCCCUAUGGUUUUCACGUGUACUUGUAGCUAUCUAGACUAAAUUUGCAUUUCUCAUUGAUGAAGUGAGGACAUCAUUGCUCUUGGUCUUGGAACUAGGUUCUGGCCUUGUAAAAAUAUAGAUAAAAAUAAAGUGCUGAUAAAAGCUGACAAAUUAAUAAUGAAAUACUAACACAUAAUAAACAGUAUACUCAGAGAAAUUGAAAAUGAAACAACACAAUCAGUGUACAAGAAUUGUUUUAUUGGGCAAAUGGCUGACAAAUAAGGUAGAGCCUGCUUAAAACCCUGAACACCCUGGUUACUCCUGAUAGCUGAAGGAAGAGCAUUCAACAGUAGGGACUUUAAGAUGCAACGGUGUGACCACAACGAGAAUGUCACUUAAAAAGUGAAUUUGCGUUCCUUCAGUCUUAAUAGCAAUUAUUCCCUCUCUCUUACUUUGUCAAAUGUAGGUGAACCCUCCUGAAGCUUAAUUUCAAGAGACCAUAGCCAAGCUCAGAAAGAUAAACAAAAUUUUGUCGUUGCUUGUUACGUCCUCCAUAAAACGCAAAAUUAGGCAUAAAAGCGUGAUGCAUGUACAUGUGUGAAGUUGUUGUUUUGCUUAUUAAACCAAUCGUUUUUUUUUUAUGUUCUCAUUGCCAUCCAUGUCAUGGGAUCUUAAAGUCUCUAGUAAAGGGCCAACACCAGUAAAUGCUUUGUCCCCAAGAGUCUUGCAUGUAGCUACAUGUAUGCACCUGCCUAGUACAGCUCUUUAUGAAUUUUUUUAUCCAAACUUCCACCAUUUAAACUGUCAUACAGGUAACUAGUGACAAGUAAUGUUAGUGACAAGCAAUUAUUGCUUGUCACUAACAUUACUUUACUCUGGUAGUCCAGUUAAUGGGAGAGGGUGUUAACACUUUAUAACUAAAGGAAACAAGUUUAUACACAGAAAAUGCUCAAGUGUAAUGAUUAUUGCUGAAGGCUUUGUGCACAGAUGAAAAUUAAUUUAUUGCAAAUGAAAUACUAGACCAUUAUUACACUCUAAUUUUACUUUUUUGCACCACACAUUAAUUAACCCUGCAACCACAUUAGAGAUUAUUACAAAGUUACUCCUUGUAUGAGGAUACAAUACAGUUCAAUACAAUGGAUGAUCACCCAGGAUUAAUCCUCAUGAUAUUUUGACAAUUCUCCCUACCACUUCUAUCAGAAACAUGCAGUGUAUAAGACAAGAAAAGAGAAUUUGCAUUUAAUGUUUGGGUUUAAAGGUGAAAUAGAUUAGACUAUCAUCAUCAUUUCCUUUUCCCAGGCAGUAAACGGGGCAGAGAUAAUAAUUAUAUGUUGUACAUAAGUUUUUAUCUCAGGUAAUUUUUGUUUUUCUUUUUUUUUUGGGUAUGGCAACGUAUAUAAUGUUAAUGAAGUUGAAACAAAAGAAAAUAAAAAUAAAAUUACCUGAGAUAAAAAAUUAACUACAACAUAUACAUGUGCAUGUACAGUGUGUCACUUCAUAUCAUUUGUUUUAGAUAGCCAGUUUGAUUGUCAGUUUGAUUGUCAGUUUUAAACCAAUCUUCCUGUCCAUAACUUUUCCCUAAGCACAGUAUUUUUAUAACUGUUGAAAUAAGUGGUGGUGUUCUCUUUGUAGGACUUUCAAGAAUGCAAGCGAGUUCUACUUGAAAGAGGUAAUGCUGGAGAGAGACCAGAUUAAUUUUACAGAAUAGAUGCAUGGAUUGUUCAGUCUCUUAGCUCACAUUGUGCACACUAAUGAUGUAGCACAGAAACAUACGGUACUUCUAGGUGUUAUAGUUAAAAUUAACAAAGCGGCACCAACAAUGUCUUGAAGGCCAAUUUCAAAUUUUAAGAAGGGUUUGUUUUGGAAGUUUGGCAGCUGUUCAACUGUAUUGUAAUAUUUACAUUGUAUUUUGUAUCUGACAGGCCAGUUGUAUCUAAAGAGAGCAGCUUCAGCAAGAAAGAGAAUUGCCAAACUUUGUGAUUCUUUUAUUAAGGAUGGAGCAGUAAGAUCUACUUUGAAUACUUGUUCAAUGUACUUUAAACUUCUUCUAAGAGUUCUUGCCUGUAAUAAUGAAAUUUCUAGUUAACUUAUUCUGUGUAGAUGCACUGUUGGUAAUGCUCAGCUGGUGAGUGGUUGAGUAGCCUGAGACCAGGCUCUUUAGUGAGAUAAAAUCAUGAAUAAUUAACUGGGCAAGUGCCCAGAAGUAGGUAAAGUGAACAAGGAAUUUUAAGGAAAGGGGUGUCCCUUGCUGUGCUUGCUUUGCUGGCCAAUUUGUUUUGUACUCCCACCAACAGGAGCGUGGUCCCAGGUUCAUGGUAGAGUCACUAACUUUUCAUUUUUUUUCUGAGCUGAGAUUGUUGUUGGUUCUAGCCUCUAGAUCUAAUAAUAAUUAUUAUAUUGCUUUCUCUCUUCAAAUCCAAUUCCCAAUAAUAUUUUGAUCAGGGGCAUCUUUAGGAUGAGCAGUUUUUCGGUCAAAAGUAUGUACAUAAUUUUGUUACUUAUGAAAAUCCCUCUAUUAUUAGUGUAAUUAUGAUCAUCAUUAUUUUUAUCAUUAUUUUAAGUUAUUAAAAUAAAUAAAUUAUAUUAAUUUUAGGUUCUGGGCAUUCUUCUUAUUCUUGUAUGUAGUGUCUUAGCGGGAGUAACUUUGGUCUUUGUUUUUAGACAAUUCUGACCCACUCUCGAUCAAGAGUUGUUGUGGAAAUUCUUAAAAUGGCCACUGAGCAGAAGAAGCGAUUGAAUGUUUAUAUCACAGAGUCUUCUCCUGACAAAUCAGGGUGA